ACGUCCGGAUGGAUUCUGAUGAGGAGUGUGUGCUUGCGGGCCGGAAUAGGACUGCGGGCGAUCCUGGACACCUCGAAGCCGAUUCGGAUUUUAGCAUCAAUGUCAUAGGAGCAAGCAGUGAUGAAGAAGAGGAAGUGUUUGUCCGGAACCGACUUGCGGGGAUACAACAGAACAAUGUACCGGUCAGCGGUUCGGGACAGGCGUCGCCUGUUUCAAUACCUGCAGAUGUCCAGGCAGAGGGUGCUGAUGAUGACAGUCAUCUCCCAAUAGAUCGAGGCUGGGCAUGGAUGAUACUUGCGGGAUGCUUCCUCAACGUUGUCAUAAUGAUUGGCUAUGCCCGGGGAAUGGCCAUCCUUUUCGUAGAAUACUUGGCAUUGUUCGGAGCAUCAACCACCAAAACCACAUUGCUGAUGGGCGUUAUGGCUGGUGUAUAUAGUUUGUCUUCACUGAUAUCUAUGCAUGUCCUGGUGGACCUUCUUGGAGUCAGAAAGACAGUGAUGCUUGGAGCAACCCUCACUAUUGCUGCCAUGGCAAUGGCUAUCUUCCCUACAAGUAUCACGUACCUGAUUUGUACACACAGCGUGUUUAUCGGCGUGGGACACUCUAUGAUCUACGGGCCUGCACUUGUUCUCAUUGGGCACUACUUCAACAAACGACGUGGACUUGCUACAGCAAUAGCUAUGUCCGGAAUAAGCUUUGGCAGCAGCGUGUUCCCACCUUUGAUACGAUACCUUCUAGACGAGUAUGGAUUACGGGGCAGUAUGAUAAUACUCACCGGAAUAACAAUGAACAUGUGGGUGGGGGGAAUGGUGAACCGACCACUAGAGUCGUACAAAAGAAAAAAGAAACAUGAAAGAAUAAAAGCAAAAGCAAAGCAAGACAGACAUUCGUCAGAUACCAAACUAAAUCGGCGUUCAUUUGGACUUGACAUAAAACAAAUUGGAAAACUGAAUCCGGAGAAAUUUCUUAGUGCAAGUUCUAUUACGUCUGAAUUGAUGGGAAGGUCCCCACUUCAAGGGUAUUCGCUCCUCAAUACUGAUUUACCAGAUUCACCUACACUCGUUAGAAGGAUUAGCAGACCACUGUCAGCGACGAGUCAAACAAACUACCGUAUGUAUGCAAGCAAUGCCGAGCUUGGUUCAGUGCCAGUGUUGAGUGUUGAAGAGGAAGAUGAAGCAUCACCAACAGCUGAUGACAACAGUAAACAGGAUGCUGCCUCCUCGAGAAAUGCUGCGUUUUACAUUAAGAAAGUACUUUCAACAUUGAAGUUCUCGUUGUUCAAGAAUCCUGUGUUUUUGUUAGUUAUUUUUUAUUCGUAUUUUGGAAUAAACAUAGGUCUUGUGCCUGUAUAUUUGCCUGCUUUGGCGAAAGAAAAAGGCAUCAGUCAGAGCAACGCUGCAAUAUUUCUGCUCAUUUCUGGAGCAAUAGACUUCUUUAGCCGGCUGUUUUAUGGGUUUUUGGCAGACACUAAAAUCCUGCGAGUUACAACGAUUAUGGCAAUUGGUCUUAUAAUUACUGGGACUGUUACCCACCUCACAGUCUUUUUUAAUUCUUAUGUGACAUUGCUUAUAUACUCUGUAGUGUAUGGUAUGUUCGCCAGCUCCUACUUUUGCCUGAUACCUGUAGCAAUUGUAGACCUCCUCGGAUUGCCCAGCAUGGCGAAGACACUUGGCUUUGUGUCGCUUUUCCAUGGUGUGUCAAUGGCUGUAACACACCCAAUUGUAGGUAGCCUAACCGAUUUCACUGGUUCGUACACUGCGGGCUUCAGCUAUCUUGGUGCAUGUGCAUAUGCUUCAGCAAUCAUUCUAUUGUUUGUACCCGUUCUGACAAGACGUGCCACAAGCCACCUAAAGGAAGACACUUUGAAAGACGAAGCGGAAAUCAAGCCCUUGCAAGAAACAACAGAACUGUAAAGGCGAAAUCAUCUUUAAAGACGUCUUUCUUGUUUGGAUGUCCAGAAUAUUUGCAUGUUAUGGGUCACAAUUGCAUACAUGGAUGCUCGCGAUGAUGAUCACUGAAUUGUCUGGUCCAGAUUGGAUGAUUUACAGACCGUCGCCAUAUAGCUGGAUUAUUGCUGAAUGCGGCGUUUAACAACAACAAAUCAAUCAUAAAGUCAUCCAGUAUCAGACAGCUUUUGAUACUAGAGUCAAAAUAAUCGUCGUCCUGUAGAUUGGUGGGGAUGCCCUUUUCAAAUUCAGCGUUCCCUAUAUGUUGUUGAAUGAUGUCAUAAUAUAUAAGCGUUGCCCCUGAGUGUAGGACCAUACAAUGCGAUCGGGUAGAUGUGUCUUUCCAAGAGAACUACAAGAAUACAGAUGUUCCCCUGGAAGAAGGACAUACUAAGUUUCCGGUAGCUGGUAGAGCGAAGUGAAAUAAUUGUACUUCUUCUUUUGAUGGUAUUGGUGGUGGUGUUAUUGACAACGGUUUGGAUUGCGGUGGUGGUGCUGGUGGCAGGGUACAUUGUAAGGGUGGUAGUAGGGUUUGUGGAAGAUUCCAAUCUGUUGAGUACUUCUAUUGUGUCUAAGCAUCGCAUCUCUAAGGAUAAAUAGUUUAUUUCACUCUAGACACGGCACUUCCCCCCCACGUUGCAACUCACGGCUAACGCAAGGCAUGCGAUAUAGCUUUAUAUGGACGACGCCUCCCUAACACUCCAGGCACUCGAGACUCCUGUAAAUUGCAGAGCAUCUACUUGAGUUUAUCACUACAAAGCCGUGAAAGCAAGACACUAGGACAUCAUGGUUAAAAACAUCAGUACACAAGAUACAUUCGUCGAACACAGUUCCACAUCUUCUAAGAGGAAAUAUCCGCAUAAAACUAGAUCAGGACGAAGCGAGAAAAGAAAGAGUAGUGUAAACUCAGUGGCUAAGAGAAGACAGAUAACUGCUCGUGGACAGAACGACUGUGGACUCAUAUCUCAAAUGGAAGCACUCAUCGAAAGACUUAAUCAGCUGAUCAAGACUAUUAGAGGAAUCUUCACAUCAGUAACCGCUACCACCACCAAACACCACCAUACUAAUCAUCAUAGCCAGACACAGAAAGGGAUAAGGAUUUGCCCACGUACUGAAAACUGAUCAGAAAUCACUAAAGUCGAAACGGCAUAACCCCAGUCACAUCUACAAACCAAUAUUAAAAGAACGUAUCAGUCUGUACUUGCCAGCUAAGUUUGGACCCCCGGGACAGACAAAAAAACCUUUUCUGAAACAUGUAUGAAUGCGAGCAUUUCUUUCAGUUUGUACAAUGAAAUUUGAAUUGAAAAUAUU